GCCGCGGCCGGCCCGCGGGGCGAAGCCAGCCGGCGCCCGGCUCGCUGUGGCCGGUCUGCGUGCCACCCAGGGAACAUGAAGGGGGCGGCGGGGCACACGGUCAGGGGGCCGCUGCACAGGCAGUGGGACCUGGAGAGGACGCACGCCAAGCAGGCCGAGGCCAGGCUCAGCCAGCACCUGCAGAGCCUGGAGCGGGCCCGCCUGUGCCGGCUCAGGCUGCUGGCCUGGGAGCAGCGGCAGCUGCAGAGACAGCUGCAGAGGCUGCAGACAGGUAACCGGGAGGGGCGGGCGGGGCCUGGGCACACGGCUCAGGGCCGGCCCUCGCAGCUCCUGGAACACCCAGACCCUGACCUCAGGCUGCGGCCAGGACCCCCUACCACCCCCCCAACCCCCUUCCCUCCUCCAUCUUUCAAUUCGCUCCUGCACCAACCCUUGUUCCCUACUCUCUCGCUUUCAGCCUGCAGGGGCAAGUGCGCCUCCUCCUCCUCCUCCUCCUCCGGGCACGGUGCUCCGCAGAGACCAGGAGGCGCCCCCGUGCGCCCGCAGCAGGGAGGGGACCUCAGGGCCCCCCGGGCCCCCGGGGCCAGAGCCCCGGCCACCAACGCAGCCCAGGAAGCACCCGGGGCCUGGCCCCGGGCCUCCUUCCGCCCCGACAGCCUCGAGGGCCCCGUGGGAAGCCAAGAGCAGUCGCCGCCUCUAAGCCAUGUGACCUCCCACCUCACCAGGGAGACACCGCCUGACCAAGCCGUCAGCCCCGGCUCCCCGGCCCCCGGUCCCGAGGCCAGCCGAGCCGGUGAUGGUGGCGGGGCCCUCGGCGAGGCCAGCCCAGAGGCCAAAGGCUCGCAGUCCGGCCUCAGCGCCGGGGAGUACGCGCCCCCAGGGGCCCCCUCCUACCGCGAGGUGUUGGCCAGGGCUGCCAACGCCCACUACCUGCGGCACCGGGCGCCCCUGGAGGCGGAGCGGCUGCUCAGCCUGCGGGAGAUAUUUGGGCACGGGGGUCACUCUCCGGCCCUCCCGUCCCCUCAGAGUACCGCGUCAGCCCCUGGAGAAACGUGCGCAGUUUUAUUUCCGGCCGUCUCCCCUUUCCCCGAUCUGCCAGGCCAGUCUAAGAAAAGCGAGGGAGGGGUUUCUGAGAACCAAUAA